AGCAUAUAAGGCGCUUGCUUCCCUUGCUACUGCUGUAGUAAAGGGACACUUCCGCCUCCUCAGGGUCCAACGUCUGUCUAGCUUUUACAAUGAGCACAAUGUCCGACGAGGCCGAAGGAACGAAAUCAUUGGAAGAACAGGAAAUGGAUGAUACAGUUGUUAGUCCAGAGAAAGCAGAGGCCAAAUUGAAAGCCAGGUACGGCAGUCUUGGAGCCAAACCCGGAGGAUCGGAUUUCCUGCGAAAAAGACUUCAGAAAGGGCCCAAGUAUUUUGAUUCUGGAGACUACAACAUGGCCCAGGACAAAAUGAAGAAAAAGCAGUUGCCUUCAGCUCUGACGGAGAAGUCCGAGAUCACCGGCGGUCACAUCCCGACGCCUCAGGACCUGCCUCAGAGGAAGAGCACCAUAGUGACAAGCAAACUGGCUAGCUGAACAGCUUUAUUAUCAUUAUUAUCAUUCCUGCUUUCAGAUAUGUGCCUCAGUUGAAUCGUUAAAGACAAAUCCUCAUGUGGAGUCAUCCUUUUGUUUUAUUCGUCAAAGGUUUUUCCUCACGCUUAUAUAACAGUCAUUCUUUCAAAGUAUUCACAGACCGGUUGCAUACAAUUGUUAAUGGGUUUUGUUGACGAUGGUCUGCGAAGACUUGAAGCGUGGUCUCCGGAUCACCCAACUUCCCAAAUGGCCUUAAUUGAAGUAAACUGUAUUUCUUUAGCAAUAUUUGAUGUCAGAUUCGCUUGAGUCGGUUUGGAUUUUAUUGAAGGAAGGUGUGCAUGUGCACUCUGUGCCUUUUGUUUUGUAAAUAAAAUAUUUUUUGCACAAUA